AUGAGGGAAGCUGGCGUGGUCCCGGCGCCCAGGCCGGUGAGCGCGGGCCCAAGGGGCGGGGCCCGUAUCACGUGGGCCCGCGGGAUAGGGGCGGGGCCGGAGGCUCAAGAGUCGGGUCACGUGUGCCUGGACGGGGCUCCGCUACCCCUGUCUACCCUGCAGGAUCGCAGGCUUCACGGGUCGGUGACGUUCCAGGACGUGGCCGUGGACUUCACAUGGGAGGAGUGGCGCCGCCUGGGCCCGGCCCAGAAGGAGCUGUACCGGGAGGUGAUGCUGGAGACCUACCGGACCCUGGUGUGCCUGGGACUCGCCGUGUCCAAGCCAGGCGUCAGUGACCAGCUGGACGGAGGGGAAGCGCUCUGGACGCCAGACGGAGGAGCCUCAGCCAGGGGCCGAUCAGGUUUAGUUCCUGAAUUGGGGCUUUGGGCCAAGGCCAUGCACAAAGGAGUAGAGAGGAGCAGAUCUCCCAGGAGCAGGGAGGUGAUACACUGUCCCUUGUACUCUGCCCUAUUCUGACCACGCACAGCCCAUGUGUUGGGAUGAGUUCUGGGCCUUACUGUUUAGAAAGGAUGCCCAAGGAAGGCAAGGAUAGAGAAAGGCUUUGAACUGAAGGUCCAGGAGAAGAGAAGACUCAGGAGCCACGAUGGCAACGUUCCACCACUUGAAGGGCUGACACUCGCAGAAAGGACACAUUUGUUGAGUUUGGCCCCAGAGAGCAGAGCCAGAACCAGUGGCUGGAAUCUGUAGAGGUGCACAUUUAGGCUUGUGAAGGUUGACUUGACCCAGUCCUUGUCCUCAAGGAAGUGACAUUCUAGGCCUGGUGGCUGCUUGUUUGGUGACAAUUGGAUGAUUUUUAUAAAUAUGAAAAAUGAU